AUGAUGCGCACCUUUUGCGCUGGCGUCGUCGCCGGCGUCUCGCUCAGCUGGCUCUAUCCACGGCUCCUUCGCCAGCUAAGCUUUGUGACGAGGCUCGUACGUGUGCGUGUCAGCUCGCGCGCCGCUCCGUCAUUCUCGAUAGAGCGAUGCCUCUCGCGGGUCGCCCGUGCCAAGCGGCCUGCGCUACUGCGAGAGCUCCUGCCGCUGCUCAAGCUCGACGGGAUGGUGCCGAUGGCAGGCGGCACGCCGCACCGAACCACCUUCCCCGUCCGGGCAUACCAGCUCGAGCUCGCCGACGGCGGCGUCGUCCGCAUCGACGAGCCACAGCUCGCGCAGCAGUACAUGCACGACGUGACUCCGGGCGUGGGCACCGUCGGCUACCUGCCGCUCCUCGAGUGGGCGCUCUUCACCAUCCCAUCCUUCCACAACCCGACCACCGCCAGCGCGAGCCUCGCCGCGCUGCGGGCGGAUCCCCUCGCCGCCGAGGACGCCGGCGCGGCGCUCCCCGGCACGGAGCGGGCUGGACUGCCCCCCUCCUUCCUGUCGGUGGACACCGACGGGCGAGUCGUGCGCUGCGACACCUUCUCAAAGUGGGUCUCGCCCGGCCUUCGCUGCGGCUUCGUCACCGCUCCGCGGCCGCUCAUCGUCAAGCUCGCGCAGGGCGCCGGCCCCUCGCUCGGCGUCUCCUCGCCCGUGCAGGUCUUCCUCGUCGAGAUGCUGCGGCGGUGGGGCCCCGCCGGGCUCCACCGGCAUGCGGCCUACCGCCGCCGCUGCGCGGUCGCGCUGACGGCGGCGGCCGAGCACUUGUCCGGCCUGGCGCGGUGGGAGGCGCCGCGCGGAGGCACGCUCCUUGGCGCGGGGCUGUGUCAUAGCAUGUUCCUCUGGCUCGAGCUGCUCGGCGUGCGCAGCUCGGCCGACCUCCUCGACGAGAUGACGCGCGAGCGCGUGUGCGUCGUCCCGGGCGCCGACUACUCUUCUCGAGGGCACGAGGCGCCGCGGUAG